AUUCGCAAUGUAUGAAACUCGUGAUUGAAAUUAAAAAUUCGCGGUUAAGUAGGAAUAGGAAGUGAUAAAAAGGUAACAGCUAACAAGAACCGCUAUCCAUCCGCUACAGUAGCGGUUACCAGGUUUAGUUGGUAGCUCUGUCUUAUCACUGUUUCCGCUACCAAAGUCUGCUAGUGAAAUUCGCGUUUCUUAGGCGACUCGGGGUUAGGUUUAAUGGUUCCAGCAAGCAGCAAUUCAAUAUCAACAAGGAAGAGACCCAUUGCUUUGUUUUUGAAGAUAAUAAUAAUUUAGUUUAAUAUAGGGGAUUUGGAGAUCGACCAACAGCGCUAAAGUGGUGAAGAUGUGAACUAGUCAUGUCGUGGUUAUAGCUGAGUCCCUUCUGUUUAAAGUAAAAAUGUCUUCACAUUAAAUGUAUUUAUUUUGAUAAUUAUUCGAAUAAUUAAAUUCUAAAAAUGCCUAAAAGCACUAUGAUGUGUUGUGUAGUUGGUUGCAGUAAUAGCUAUCGCAAUACUGAAGGCAAAAGUAUUAUUUUUUAUUCAUUUCCUUGGAGACCUUAUGAGAUUGAGAGGAGAGAGGAAUGGAUUUCCAAUAUUCGAAGAACCAAUGAAGAUGGAACACCAUGGCAGCCGACAAAAAAUUCAAGGGUUUGCAGUGAGAAUUUCAUUGACAAAAAGAAGCAUGAGCACCCUGGACAUCCUGAUUAUGUGCCUACAGUAUUUCCAGUAUGUUAUAGAAAAAGGAAAGCUGAUUGCACCGAAAGAUUUCAGAGACUUCUUAAGCGCAGCAAACUGAACAUUGAGGAAGUAUGUCCUCUGGAUGCAGGAGAAGAUCUUCCUCAGAUCGAAAAUGUCGAAUUUCCUGUUGCUGAUAAACGUUUUGAGGACAAAUGUAUCCAGGCGAGUUAUGCUUACAAAUCAGAGAAAUUUGUAUUUUCCAUGGAAAGAUUUGAGGACUCUGUUGCAACACAAGCAGACAUUUGCUUUCACUCUGGUACCGGCAACAUCCCAAUAGCAACCCGUGAUGCAUCUACAUUUACAGAGGGGGGAGAGCUGAAAAUUGAAGGUUUUUGUGGACUGAAGUCAAUAGCCAAUGAGAAACAGUUGAUAAGUCUUUGUGGAGUGACGUUUCUCAUAUUUAACACUCUAUUAAAAACAAUGAAUAAGGCCACUAGGCAAAAUAUUUCAGAUGAAAAUAGGCUAUUAUUAUUUCUUAUGAAAUUGAAGUUAGGCCUAUCCUAUUCAGCUUUAGGAGUAUUAUUUCAAGUGCACCCCUCAACAGCAGCUUCCGUUUUCAAGCUCUUGACAAAAGAGCUUGCACAAAAAACAAAGAAACUAAUUUUUUGGCCAUCAAGAUUCACAGUAGAUGCAACCAUGCCUACUGCAUUUAAAGUACAUUACCCUGCAACUAGGGUAAUUUUAGAUUGCACGGAAAUAAAAUGUGAGCAACCCUUUAAAAUAGAUCACAGGAAUUUGUUAUAUUCCAAUUAUAAGGGUUGCUACACUGUAAAGUUUUUGAUAGGAAUCAGUCCAAAUGGAUUUAUUUCUUUCCUCUCAAAAUGCUAUGGAGGUAGAGCAACUGAUACCUUCAUAACAAUUGAUAGUGAAUUCCCUAAGGUGUUGGAACCUGGAGACAUUGUUCUAGCAGAUAAGGGAUUUCCAGGAAUACAAACUGCUAUCAACAAUUCAAUCAUAGUUACACCUCCAUUUGUUCAUGGAGGUUCCCUUACUAUUGAAGAAGUAGAAAUUUCUUACAAUAUUGCUAGUAUAAGAAUUCAUGUAGAACGCUGCAUCCAAAGAAUCAAAAUUUUCAAGUUUUAAAAUACGUUCCUAUCACUUUGCUGCCAUUUAUAGAUGACAUUGUCCAUAUUUGCUGUGUGCUAACUAACAUGCAGUCUCCCAUCAUAAAAGUAGAUGACUAAUAAGAUCACAACCAUAGUUGUGUUAUGUGUUCUAGUUAAAAUACAUGCUGUUCAUCUAUAUGCAUAUUAUUAGUUGCUGCUUUUAUGAAUGAUUAUUUGCUCUGUGUCUCACUGUACCAUUACUUGAAAGUGGAAACCCCUUUCAGAAUCUACUGGAUAACAAUAUUUCGCUGGGAGUGAGGAAACCCCAAACCAAACAUUGAAUCAGAGUUCCAAUUCAGCUUGAUGAUACAUGUCAACCACAGCAAAACGGCCGUUACUUCAAUCUGUAAUUUCUUAUGCCUAUUUGGAAAUAAUUCUUAUUAAUCGAAUUGACAUUUGUACUUGAGAUCAAUUAUUGAAAACAAUUAGAAUAGGAACAGUAUAGUCUUAUAUCAUUUAUUUUUUUAAACAAAUUAUUUUCCGCCAUUCAUAUCUGAUUGAACAUUUAUAUUUAUCAAUUAAAUAAAUGUUCUAAAAAUGUUUGUCACUCAAAAUUGUUUACUCCCAUCAGACAAGUGUUAUUUGAAUAAAAAAUUGGAUAUGGAAAAUGAAGGGGGCGAUGUGAGUCUCUCAUUUCUUGUGAGGGGGGCGAUGGACCAGAAAAGGUUGGGAACCACUGUUCUAGACUAUCUAAAAGAUUUUAUAAGGGUUAAAUUGUUCUCUAAAAUGAAUAGAACGAUAAUAAUUGAACUGUGAUAUUGCAAAUUAUCAUAUUUACAAGUGACCAGAACAUGCUUAUGCCUGUUCCUUGAGCUUAUCUAUAUACAUUGGCAACACAAAUUUGAAAUAUGUUUCUUCCAAACUUUUUAAACAAUAUUCAAUGAAUUCUUCAUCUCUAUCAACUAUAAUGCAAAAAGAAUUAACAAAUGUAUAUACAUAAAACAAACAUUUUGGAAGGCCAGUUACAUACAUUAAUAUUUGGAUUUGAGCGUAAUACAUAUGAUAUUUUUUUUUCAAUAUAUAUUCGUUAUUUACAUUUUUUAGAAUGUAUGGCACAGUUGGGCAUUCAUUGUCAUCAACAACCCCUUUAUUUCUCACACUGAAUGGACAUUUUAUUUCUAGUACCAUGGAUGGUUUACCAUCCUUGUCAAUAACAAUUCCAUCAGGUGAGCCACAAAUCCAGAGUUGUUUCUCAUGAAUACAUAGCCCACUGUUGACCAACUUCACUUUUACCACUGCACUGACCUCACUGAAUGCAAUAUGUUCAUUCAUGGGACCAUGUGUUGUGGCUUUGCUCUUAAAACUAGGCUUAUUAUAUAGAUCUUUAAUAAAUUGACUACUUACAUUCUUUCUUUUUAAUAUUUUGUGAGCAUUUGAAGCGGAAAUUCUAAUGCUUCUUUCUUUGAACCAGCCAGAACUCUCACUCUGACUGACAGUAUUCAGGAAAAUGUUUUGCAAUUCUUUUCUUGACACAAAAACAUCGCUGUAAUAAAUAGCCGCCUGCUCAUCACUCAUAUCUUCCCAGAUAUUAUUACUAUGUACAACAAAAUUCUCCUGGUUAUUAAUCAAACUAUUUACAAAAUUGCUUAAUCUAUUUUCCUCCACCAAAUUCAUACAUUUUACAAUUAUAUCACUAAAAAUUCCUCUACAAAUGAUUUGUGCCUCAUUCAUUUUUUCAUAAUGAAGCAUUUGGGAUAGGGGACAAUUUGUUAAUAAAUUACUUAUAUCUAUGUCUUCAGUGUCAAGUUGUGAUACCACUUUUUGUCUCUUCUUGUCUGGGAAUAGAUCUGUAAUUUUCUCCCCUUUUUGUAAAUGUCUUUCGAUGCAUCACUUGGUACUCCCCAUACCUGAGGCAGAGACGUUUUUGUUUUACUCUCUUCUGCAUUCACAAACUGCACAACUGCUGCAAUAUGCUUACAUGCUCCUGCGACUCCAGCCAACAUUCACAACAGCAUUCACUGACUGCCCUUUCUUGAUUCAACUGCAAUAAAAAAGUCAACUUUGAAAUGCAACAUGUCGAAAUAGAGUUAGAAGCAGACUAGAAAUUGAUAAUGGGCUGACACAUCUCACAGACUACUAGGACUGAUGUAGGCUCUCCAUAGAGCCCAAAUAUAUAUGGAGCUUCCUCUACAUGAAAGUGACUAAAAGACUGUAAAUCUUUAAGUAACUGAUAGGCUAGGCGUUGGUUGAGAUUUCCAUUUGUUUAAGUGGUUUGGAAUAUUUCUAUAAAGAAUAUGACAUAGGUAAUAUUACUGUUGAAUUUUGUGCAAUUAUUUAACAGCCAUGGCUGAUUAAUGUCCAAAUUGUUAAAUUGUCUAGUAUUAUGAAAGUGGUUUAGUGACAUGAAAAUUAAAUUUUUAUUUGCUUAGCCUACUACGGUACAACAACAUUCGAUUAAUAAUCUACUCUGCUCUGCCCCACACCAAAAUGUUCAUUUUGAUCUCCACUGCAAAUUCUACCAGACCUAACAUGUUUAGAGUAGGCCUACAUGCAGACUUGUUGAAAAUGUUAUAAGUUAAAGUUUACCUAGUACCUUAAGGUACCUUACCUAGUAUACAUGCUAACUUACUGAACAUUUUUAAAUUGGCUCUUCAAUUUAGGCCCGUUUGCUCAGUAGAAGUUUAACUAUAAUUCCAGUUUAAACCAUCAGCUGACUCAAUUGAAACACAUUAUAAUAAAUGCAACCAUAGCUUGAUUUAAUCCAGUUUUAAUUUAAACUUGGUUUAAACUGCUACUGAGCAAACGGGCCUAAAUGUUGUUUCUAUACAUAUAUGGUAUUAUACAGAUAACAGAACAUACCGAAAAUAUGAUACCAUACCGUACUCGGUUUCUACUUGACUUUCAUGCAUUUCAAAAUUGAUUUAAUAAUAUUAUAGGUACGGUAAUUUGUUUUCAGCAUUGAGUGUAGGCUAACAUAGCCUACAUUAUAAAAUUUAUCAGUAAAAUAACUUGCAGUCAAUUUUUGAGUAUUUAUUAUAAAUAAACAUAUAACACUCAAGUCCAGAUGAGUUUUAUAUGUAACUACCGUAUUCAUAAUAAAUACCGUACUUACACAAAAAAUGAUUGCAAGUCUUUAGGCCUAUUUUACUGAUAUAUAUCAAAACACGGUUAUUCAUGGAUAGGUACCUAAUUUACAUUCUACAUUAUAACCUUGCUUGUACAUUAUUUCCAAAUUAAAAGAGAAAGCGGUUUAAAUGAUAGGCCUAUAAAUUCAAGUUAUAACUUACCUUUAUUAUAACAUUGUAUGGUGUGGCAUUCACACUAGUUUGUCGAAUAACUUUUCCCCUUAUCUAUUAAUCCUCUACACUCUUCCACAUCAAAAACAUGGCUGCUUUGUAAAAGAUUCUUCCCUUUACUUACAGUAGAAUCUCUCAAAAAUUGCAUGAAAUUGUUUUAAAGCCAGUUUUAAUAACAACAUUUGGGUUGAUUCCUAUGUCAUCCAUUACGAAAACAGUCUGUCGUCUGCAAUGAUAUUCUCAACUAGUACACAAUUCUCUCCGCUUGAGAUCGCGUAAGUCGAUUUUCUGGUCAACUUCGGAUGAAUGAUCUUAACGAGAUUGAAAACGAAAAUAGACCAAACGUAACCAGCUUGAUCAACAUAACGGUUUAAAAAUUCUACUGAUCAUUUUUUAGGUUAUGUUUAGCAGGAUUGUAAGGAGACUAGGUUAUGUUUUAUAAACAAACUGAACAGUCAGGAUGUAACAAAGUACAGUAGAUACAAAAUUAUUCAUAACUUGUUAGGUUUAUUUUUAUAAAUAAGUCCUUCAGCAGAAGACUAAUUAAACACAAACAUAAUAUUGAUGGAUUCGUUUAAAACAGAAAGUUGAAAUGGUUAAUAGUAGGCUAUGAUUAGGCUGUUGAUCACUGUACCAGAUUCUAUCAAAAAAUCUUGUGGGUCGACUGUGGGCAUUAAGACCCAAAUUGAAGACACUAUUAAGGAUUGGCUAAAAUAUGUGACAGUCAGAGUAUUUUCAGUGGAGAAAAAAAACAAUCUAAUUUUGUCGGUAAUUAAAAAUAUUAAGAGAAUAACAAGCUGUGUGAGCUAUGGUUAAAACUUGCUGCUGGGUCUAUCUUGCUAGUUUAGGGCUGGUGAUCACAGUAUCAAGUAUCAGGCACCAAAAUAUAUCACAAAGGCCGCAAAGACAGUUCAUUGUGUGUGUUGUAUCUCAUUCUGCAAAGACAGUGAACAUGUAAUCCUAUAGUUUGACACCGUACACAUCGUUUCACCAUUACCAUAGUAUCCUCUUCCAUUGUAUAAUUUUGUACAUUACAAAUCAUGUGUUCUGUCAUGAAUAAUAACGUGUUUAUGUAAAUUAA